UGGUAUUAGAUAAUCUAUAGAUUUUAAAAGAUUUUUAUUAUGUUUGGAUUUUGAGGUUAUUUUUCUCAAGAAAAUUAAUUUUACAAAUCUAUGAAAACAUCUAGAGAUUUCAAUGGAUUUGGUGGUAAACAUGGAAUAAGCCGGCUGAUUUGCGCAAUGAUAAAAAAGAAGCCAACUGACUUGCGAUCGGCGGUGGACUGAAACAUACGUUCGUCGGCAGGGACGGUGGACGGGGAUGGAGACGGGGAAGAAGAAGAAGGGGAAAUUGAAGAAAGAGGAGAAACCGGCGUCCAGGACGGGCAGCAAUGGCACGCAUCGGACCCCCCACGCCGCAGCCGGCGUCCAGGAUUCGGUCGCCGGCCUUCACUCCGAGCAGAUCGACGGCCAUCUCUUCGUGUAUUCAGGUCGCGUCACGAUGGGAUUUCCCCUGGAUGGAGGGGGAGACGUGGAAGGAUUGGCCCCAACCCCACUCGUAAAUGUCCGUGACGAGAUGCUUAGCCCGCUUCAGCUCCACCGUUUCCCCGCCACUCCAUGCCUCGAAGACCACUGUCGCCCCAAUUCCCCGGCGCCGUUCCACCUCCUCGCCGCCGCUUGCAAACGCCGGCGUCUCUUCCCGAGCUCCUCAAUCUGCAACUACUACCACGAAAAUAGUCAGAAAACCCAAACUAACACUACCUUCGCUCUGUUAAACGAUGAAGCUGGUGGUACUCGAAAGCACAGUUCGAAAUCGGCCUCUACGCUCCUCCCCUCCCCAUCUCUCAAGCAAUGUUCGGAAUCAGAACCACCGCCCGGAUUUUCUGCGGUGGCGGAGAAUCGAGUGCCUUGGGUAGAAGAUGAAAUGGAGCUUCUAGAAUUGUCACUGAUGAGAAGAACCCCUCAAUUUGCAGGAUCAAUUGUAGAUGUUAAUGCUUCAUCGUCACCUUUUCGCACCCUAAUUGAUGAUCAAAGUGGCAAUGAUGAAGAGGGGAUGCUUAUUAAAGCCCUAGAGAUACGCAGGAGAGUCACCACUGAGAUUUUCAUGGAGGCAAUGGCAAAGGGCAAGUUCGGGAUAUCUUAUUCAAGAAAUUUAGUAUCCAAAUUGUCCGAUUACAUUGAUCAUGUAAUGAUUCAGGCUGCUUCAAUGAAGAAAAUGCCUAAAUUCUGGCAGUCAUCCUUCAAUUCUCGAGUUAGGGCAUUCAUAGAUGAUUCUGAACUUGUGCCAAUGAUAAGGUGGUUGAAACAAAACUCAUUAUCAUUUCCUCAAAUCGGGAACCUAAUCUGUAAAUCAAGAGGAGACGUGAUGUACAUAAGGCGGUUAGUUGAGUGGCUAAAUUCAGUUCAGGUGGAGGGGAGAUUCAUUGGGGUUGUAAUGCUCAGAUCAGGAGAGAAUGUGUUUAGCCGAAGCUUUGAUGAUUUGGAUGAGAGUAUUGAGUAUUUGGAAAAAACUGGAGUCCGGAGGGACUGCAUAGGUUAUGUGAUUAGGAGAUGCCCUACGAUAUUGGCAUUUAGCAUGGAAGAACUCAAAACGCGUGUUGAAUUCUAUUUGAAUCUGGGAAUGGGUAAGAAGGAUUUUGGGACUAUGGUUUUUGACUGUCCUAAGGUGCUCGGCUACUUAAGUAUGGAAGAGAUGAACCAAAAGGUUGCAUACCUGAAGGAAUUUGGCCUUAGUAGUGAAGAUGUUGGAAGUUUGAUUGCAUCCAAACCACAUUUGAUGGGUUGUAGUAUUGAAGAGAAGUGGAAGCCUCUCAUUAAGUUUUUCUACUACAUUGGGAUUCCUAAACGAGGAAUGAGAAGAAUUCUUGUCGCUGUCCCAACAGUUUUCUGCAUUGACUUGCAGAACACCAUUGUGCCUAAGGUCCAGUUUUUGAGAGACAUAGGCGUCCGGCAAGAUGCCCUUGGAAAUGUACUAGUCAGGUUCCCCCAGAUAUUCACAUAUAGCCUGGAGAAGAAAAUACGUCCAACAGUAAUGUUCCUCUUGACAAAAGCGGGAGUCUCCCAGAGAGAUAUUGGGAAGGUGAUAGCGACACGGCCAGAGGUAUUAGGGCGCGACAUCACAAACAAAUUGGACCCUAACGUGAAGUACUUUCUCUCCAUUGGCAUAUCUCUCCGGCAGUUGGGUGAGAUGAUAGCUGACUUUCCAGCGAUUCUUCAAUACAACAUCGAUCUUCUUCGCCCCAAGUAUCAAUACUUGAGAAGAACAAUGGUUCGCCCUCUCCAUGAUCUUGUUGAAUUCCCAAGGUUUUUUAGCUAUUCACUUGAUGAAAGAAUAAUCCCAAGACACAAAAUCCUUGUAGAGAAUAAUAUCAAUUUCAAGCUGCGACAUAUGCUGGCAAGCACGGAUGAAGAAUUUGAACAAAUGGUCGAAAAUACCGUGGAGAGGCGCCAGAGAUUUGAGUCGCUGACAACAUUAGACACUUGUAUUGAUGUUAAUGACAAUUAUCUUACAUUUAACUGUAACAUUGUAUCAGAAACUAAGGUGCAAGACUGAAGGUGGUGUGAAAAUAGCUGUGCAUAUAAAUGUUAAUUGUGUUCACUUUCUAAUCAUUUCUGUUGUUCCAUAAUUGCUCAGAACUACAAAGUAUAUGAAUUAAAAAUAAAUCAAAUGGAAAAUUUCAUUGCCAUGUGCAACACUAAAAGAAGGGUCAUUUA